UCUCUCCAAAACCGAACCCACCCGAAUGCAAAUCCUUCUCUUCUCUUCUCCCCUCUCAAACCAAACAAAAUGCUGCUGCUGCUGCUCCUCCUCCUCCUCGCCUCCGCCCUGCACGCCGCUGUGCCGCCGUCCAACAAGGUGGUCUUCAUCCUCGCCGGCCAGUCCAACAUGGCCGGCCGCGGCGGCGUCGCCGCCAACCGCUGGGACGGCAUCGUGCCAGCCGACUGCGCGCCCUCGCCCGCCGUACUCCGCCUCACCCCGGACCUCCGCUGGGAACAGGCCCGCGAGCCUCUCCACGCCGGCAUCGACGCCGCCAACCACGCCGUCGGGAUCGGCCCUGGGAUAGCCUUCGCCAACGCGCUCCUCCGCUCCGGCCGCGCGGGCUCUCCAGUUAUCGGCCUCGUGCCCUGCGCCGUGGGUGGCACGCGGAUGGCGGAGUGGGGCAAGGGCACCCAGCUGUACGCCGACAUGGUGCGCCGGGCGCGGGUCGCCGUUGAGACGGGCGGACGGAUCGGGGCCGUGCUCUGGUACCAGGGGGAGAGCGACACCGUCAGGUGGUCCGACGCCACCGAGUACGGACGCCGGAUGGGAAUGCUGGUCCGCGACCUCCGCGCCGAUCUAGGCGUCCCCCACCUCCUCGUCAUCCAGGUCGGAUUAGCAUCAGGCCUAGGACAGUAUACUGAAGUUGUAAGAGAAGCUCAGCAAGGGAUAAAACUUCGGAACGUGAGAUUCGUCGAUGCAAAGGGGUUGCCAUUGCAAGAUGGCCAUCUGCAUCUUAGCACCCAAGCUCAAGUCCAGCUUGGACAUAUGUUGGCUCAAUCCUAUUUGAAUUAUGGACAUGCGCAUUCUCGAACCCCUAAACCAUGGUGGCUGCAAGUCAUGUUGGUCUGUUGCUUCAUUUUUAUUUGAAUUGGGAAUGUACAUCAGUACAUGUACCCUGUUCUUGUGUCAUACAGGUGAGGUGAAGAAGAAAGCCAAAUGACUUUCUGCACAUAAUCUUAUACCAACACAGGCAUGUGAUGCCGCUGGAAGACUCAUUGUAUCAAGAUCACAGCAAUACAUUCAAAUUGUUUCCCAAAGAGGUGAUAUACAGAAGAUUCGUUAUACACGAUUUUUUUUUUCUGCGCCCAUGGAUCUGACUAAUUAUAGCCUGUAAAGGAACAGAGAGUACUCGACAGUCUUAAACAUUGUUAAAUUGCUGUUUA